AAACCAAUAUUAAUGAAUAUUCCUUCAUUUCCAGACAAAAGAAUUCUAAACAAGAACAAAAAAAUAGUUAUCAAUUUUGAUUAUGUGUUGAGUGCUUCCUUUUGCCUUCUCCAAUAUACUUCACUUGAAACCUUGCCUUGAAUUUUCUAAUUCCUAUCACAAUGUCUAUCACUAUGUUGGUAUAUCCUGUUUUCUGUGUGCUAGUUUUGGGUGCCUUGAUUCUACAAUUUACUGCCAGCAAAACUCAGCAACAAAUUGCAUCAGGAAAUAACCCUCAUUUUAAAAAGUUCCAGUACUCCUUUUUCCUUGUCUACUUCAUGGCUUUAUUCUCUGAUUGGCUACAAGGGCCUUAUGUUUAUAAACUAUAUUCACACUAUGGCUAUGCUAGUAAUCAGAUUGCUCUUCUCUAUGUUGUUGGCUUUGCUAGUAGUGUAGUCUUUGGUACUACCACAGGCCCUAUAGCUGAUCGUUUUGGGCGCAAGAAAAUGGCAUUAGCUUUCUGUUUGAUCUAUUCAUUCUGUUGUUUAACAAAAUUGAGCUCUAGUUUCUUUUGGCUGUUUCUUGGUCGUGUCUUUGGUGGCAUUUCAACUUCAAUGUUGUUCUCAACAUUUGAGUCAUGGUAUGUGUAUGAGCACACUGAAACCCAUGACUUCCCUUCUGAGUGGAUUUCAGUAACUCUUUCAAAAGCAACCUUUUGGAAUGGCCUUCUUGCCAUUAAUGCUGGAAUAUUUGCUAAUGUUGUGGCAGAAACACUACACUUUGGACCUGUUGCCCCAUUUAUGUUUGCUAUCCCUUUUUUGUUGUUAUCUGGCAUCAUCAUUGCCAAGACUUGGCCAGAAAAUUAUGGCAAUACUGCUAACAAUUUACGACAUUCUUGCAUGGAGGGUCUGCGAACCAUUAUCUUCAAAGAAGAAAUUCUUUACUUGGGUAUUGUUCAGUCACUUUUUGAAGCAAACAUGUACAUCUUUGUCUUCCAAUGGACUCCUAUUCUGGAUGAACACAAUGAUACACCACUAGGCAUGGUCUUUGCCUCCUUCAUGGUGUGCAUCAUGGUCGGAUCGUCUCUCUAUGCUAUUCUUCUGCACAAAAAAGUUUCUGAAGCAAAACUUCUUACCCUUGCUGUGAUUAUGGCGAUGGUUUCUAUGGCUAUUUGUGUUCUAACAAGUGGAAACUCGAGCCUUAAGUCCAUCACAUAUGCAGCAUUUUUAUUAUUGGAAGUUUCUGUUGGAAUGUACUUUCCUUCAAUUGGAUAUCUACGUUCUCAGGUUAUCCCUGAAGAACUCCGAGCCGGGAUUAUGAACUGGUUCCGAGUCCCUAUGAACAUCUUGACAUGUAGUGGACUGCUCUUGCUACACAACCAGACAAUGAUCAGUAACACAGAGAGCAUGUUUGCCAUCUGCACCAUAAUGCUAGCUGUGGCGUUGGUGUCAUCCAUGCGCUUCUCAAAGCUCUUCUCAGUGGUUUCUGUUGCUGCUGAUGUGCUAGCACACUCUGAUGAGAAGCGUCCUCUUAAUAUUGAUACAGGAAAAACUGCCUGAUUCGCUCCACUCCAGAGCCUCGACAACACGUAGCCGACGGGCUCCAUCGCAAACCCGAGCCUUCACGAGACGUUGGAUUUUGUCUUAACUUCUGUCGAGUUGUCGUCACAAUACUACGAGAAUGCCUUUUUCUUGGGCAGAGAUGGUGGAUGUUGUUGUAUUUCAUCAGAAUAUAUCUGAUGUAAUGAUGUUGUUGUAUUUCAUCAGAAUAUAUCUGCUGUAAUGCAAUAACAUAUCGUGAGAAUUUACUCUAAAUUAAGUGUCCCGGAUUAAAGCUCCCCUUGCUUCAUCUUAUUCUGCUACCUUCCCUUCAAUUUAUUUUAAAAUACCAUAGUUAUGUUGCUCAUAUAGUUUAUGUAUUGGUAUAUGAUCACGUCAUACCUUAUGGCGGGUCGAUAUUAAUUGACCACUUUCCCUUAUUAUUUCACUUUCCCUCUAAUUGAGCUGUACAAUCUUCAAGUUGUGAUUCGAGUUACUGAUUCUUUCAAUACUUAAGUAAACUUUCUUUUAAAUAGUUCAUGUUGUAAUUAGUGAAUAUUGCAGUGAAGAGGAAAAAUUAUUUUGGUUGUUCUGUGCGGACAAAUUCUAUGGUUCUCAAUCUUGUCUGUUUUGCUCACAUCACUUAGUGGGUUCUGUUAACCCAUUGCUUCGUACGGAUCAUUUCCACAUCGUACGCUUAAUUCCAGAGAUCGUUCUUCAGGUGAUCCAAAUGCUCUCUGGUCGACAUCAUUUACCUUAAAGUUUUUUUGUUUUUAGAUAUUAGCAUCGUUCAACAUACAGUAUAUAGACGCGAGCGUUAUCGGUCUUGUUAUAUUCAGUCUGUUUGAUCUUCCCUUCGACUGAUAAUUUUAAGGUGCAAGGAAAAGGCAUAAUCUUCUAAAUUAAAAAUAAUUCUGAUUUAUAAGUUGCCAAAUUAAAAUAGAAGUGAAUUAUUCCUGUGAACGAAUAUAUGCUGAUUUAUUACAUGCAGUGAUGUCUAAAAUAAUCGUAUCUGUAUUGCGAUUGCAGGUGUCCUAUAGCCUGCAAAAUGACCAAUAUGACUCUUGUCUCCUCAGGAAGUGACAAUCAUGCAGUCACUUCCUGAGCUUGCUUUCAGUAUUGUCACUUUUGUGUUGUUGGUGCAGGUUAAACUCCCUUUAUUUCGGUGGUAGCUUUCACACUCUUACAGGUUUCUUAUCACAAGUUAUAAUUUGUUCACGACUCGUUCGGUCGCUCUCCAAGUCUAUUCCUCGUGACUUCUAGCAUUAUUGGACAGAGGUUAUAGGUUUUUAACUCAAUAUAGUAGCUUGUAUGAUCUUUUUGGAUCCCGAAGAUUGGCGAACAAACGACUGUCGCGCUGCAAAUAAUUUGAUUUGUAGUGUGCAUAGAAUUGUGACGGAGCAGGACGUGUUGCGAACGAAAUGGGGACCUGUUCAUUGACGGCAGCGCUUGAUUUCUUCAGAUUGUGUCGUAAAAAAUUAUUGAUAUAAAUAGGACCACAGAAAAUGUUGUCCUAUAUUUUGCCUGUCGAGGUAGUCUGUGUUGUCUACACAACCGCUAGGAGAUUCGGACGGUAUAACCUACAACUUCUUUUACGUAGUUUACUUAUGCUGCACGUGUUGUUUUACUGUACAACUUUAUAUAACAUUCCAUUAUGACAGCACACGAAUUGAAGGUUUGUUGGUCACCAAUAGUUUGUGAAACAGUUGUAUUAUCUUGACAUGUACUGUCUUGUCUAUUUUUAUGGAAAUAAAUUUGUUUCAAGACAAA